CCUUUCGUACUCCCGCGCUAUGUUCGGAGCACGCAUUGCGUUCUCGGUCUCUUCCGUGCCGGAGUCCCCUCGCGAGUAGGAGCCACGUCGGGCUACAGUAGUGGUUGCCGCCGCGCGGUAACAGGACGGGGCAAUCGCGACACGGCGUGGUGCGUUUCGCUUCCUUUUUCCUCUCUUGCCGAGCCGGCGCAACCACCCGCGCGUGUCUUCGUCUGCGAGCGCGGCUGCCGACGACGACGAAAAGGCGCUCGCUCCUGUCUCUUCGCGUGACUCCGAGGUCCGUCUGGUCUAUCCGGUCCGCCCGGGCUCACGCUUGUCGACUCGAGGAUCACCUGAAAGCGCCUGGCGCAGCGGUGAAAGUAGCCGGGAGUGCGUGCAUACGUGCCCCGGUGCUGUGCUCCGUCCGUUCGUCCGUUGUACGUGCGUGCGUGCGUGCGCGCGCGCGCGCGCGCGCGUCCGAUGAACUCCACGUGGUGCUGUGGCGCGACGUAAGAAUCCCUUCGCUCUUCUCCACUGAGUCUUCUUUUCCCUGAGCGCGUCGAGUCGACCGGUCGGCGACAGAGACAUGAGGCCGCUCGUGGGUCUGGUGCUCAUGGCCGAGCUGUUGCCGCUGCUGAUCCCGCUGCUCCUCCUGGCGGCGGAGCCCUCCGAGGCCCUCGAGAGGACGGCCGAGUGUCCCCAGAGAUGCGUAUGCUUCCGCGACCUGCUCACUGUGCGGUGUAUACUGCUGAAGCUGAACCGAGUGCCGCGGGUGGCCGAUAACACCACCGUCCUAGACCUCCGAUUCAAUCAUAUCGCGGAAGUGCAUCCGGGAACAUUCAACGGGCUCGGCCAGCUGGACACCCUACUGCUGAACGAUAACCGCAUUCGGCAAUUACAGGCAGGCGCUUACGACGGCGCCUCGCAUUUGCGUGUGCUCUAUUUGUACAAAAAUCGCAUCGUCCGCAUAGCACCGGGUGCCUUCACUGGAUUGCCGCGGCUCGAGCAGCUCUAUUUGCAUCAUAAUCACUUGCGGGAGAUCCAACCUGGUACGUUCAACGAUCUGCCGGCGUUGGAACGGCUCUUCCUCCACAACAACCGGCUGCAUCAGCUGCCGGCCAACGCGUUCCUCAAUGUCGGCCCGAUGACAAGACUGCGUCUCGAUAGUAACGCGCUCGUCUGCGAUUGCAACUUGAUCUGGCUGGUGGAACGGAUGCGGGACAAGCGCUUGGAGAUGGCGGCAAUUUGCCAAUCUCCCCAGGAAAUGAAGGGUCGCUCCUUGACGACAAUGUCAAUCGAGGAUUUCCAUUGCACGAAGCCGCAUAUAAUGCAAGGACCAACAGACGCGACAGUGUGGGUUGGCGAUACAAUUACGUUCACCUGCCGGGUGACGGGCGAUCCGACGCCGAAGAUCAAGUGGAUGCGCGACUCGAACGAAGUGGAUGAGGAUGGCAAGAGAUACAUGAUUCGCGAGGAUGGUACUUUGGUGAUCAACGACGCGACCGAACAGGACGUGGGCGAAUAUGAGUGCGUGGCCAGCAGCGGCAUGGGCUCAACCAGGUCCAGGAAAGCUCGAGCGGUCAUCAUGGUGUCGUCGUCCUUGAGGUUCACCGAGCUGCCAGAAUCGCGCAUCGUGACCGCCGGCACCGACGUUACCUUCGCCUGCAGAGUCGAUGGCAGUCCGUUACCGAGUAUCCGCUGGUGGCGAAACGGUCAGCUGAUCACCCUUAACGACCGAUUCUCACUUGAGCAAGGCGGCAACGUGCUUCGCAUCUAUGCAGCUAAGGAGACGGACACUGCGAGAUACGUGUGUCGCGCUCAAAACGCCAACGGUUUCGCGGAGACCAGCGCAGACCUACAAGUCCUAGCUGCGGAUUCCAGUGCACCUCGAUUGACAUACGAACCGCGGGAUAUAGACGCGGAAUCAGGAGCCGUAGUCGAGGUGCCUUGUCGAGCUGAAGGCAGGCCGAAACCGGUGAUACAAUGGAAAAAGGACGGCAGUAUGCUGGAAAGCGGCAGGAUCAAAAUCUCGCGCGGCGGGAGUCUUUAUAUUUUUAAUGUGAGCUCGCAGGAUACCGGCAGAUAUGAGUGUUCAGCCGUAAAUAAUCAUGGUCGUGCGACCGGCCACGCUCUAGUGCGUGUCCGACAAGCCGGUGCAACGGACGUGCUCGUCAUACGAGCAUUCCAAGAUGCUACCGAGGAGAUCGACCGCGCUAUCAAUAAAACUCUAUUGAACCUUUUCAAUAGUUCGGGUACUGUUCGGGUCGAUCCGUUUCGCGCGGGACGGUUCCCGAAUGCGAUCAGCCGCGCUGCUGCUAGGCCCGCGGAAAUCUUCGAGAGGACCCUCGUUAACAUCCGGCGUAUGGUGAACGCCGGUGCCACAGCGAACAUCACUAACGAGUUUCGCUACGAGGAGAUACUAUCGUCUGAGCAGGUGAAGGAUAUCGAGAGGAUGUCUGGAUGUACCGCUCACCGGCGUCGGCAGAACUGCAGCAACAUGUGUUUUCACAACAAAUACAGAACGAUAGAUGGUAGCUGCAAUAAUCUGCGCCAUCCCACCUGGGGCUCGUCGCACACGGGAUUCCGGAGGGUGCUGCAGCCUAUCUAUGAAAAUGGCUUUUCAGCGCCAAUCGGUUGGGAGAAAGGACGGCGAUAUUUCGGCUAUCUGAAACCAGCCGCGCGCCUCGUAUCGACCACACUCAUCUCCACUCACGAUAUCACCUCGGACGACCAAAUCACCCAUAUGGUAAUGCAAUGGGGCCAAUUCAUGGAUCAUGACCUCGAUCAUGCGCUGCCGUCGGUGUCGAGCGAGUCUUGGGAUGGGAUUGACUGCAAGAAAUCCUGCGACAAUGCUGCGCCAUGCUUUCCGAUGGAAGUGCCGCCGGGUGAUCCUCGCGUCAACAACAGGAGAUGCAUCGACUUCGUGAGAACUAGUGCUGUGUGCGGCUCUGGCGCGACGAGCAUUCUGUGGGGUAACUUGACGCCUCGCGAACAGUUGAAUCAGCUCACUAGCUAUCUGGAUGCGUCGCAAGUCUACGGCUACGACGACGAACUGGCGCGCGAUUUGCGCGAUCUGACCACCGACCACGGACUGCUCCGCGAAGGUGCCAUGAUCCCCGGUCAUAAGCCUCUGCUACCCUACAUGUCCGGCCAGUUCGUGGACUGCCGCAGGAACCCAUUGGAGAGCUCAAUCAAUUGUUUCGUGGCUGGUGAUAUCCGCGCAAACGAACAAGUUGGUCUGCUAGCUAUGCACACCAUAUGGUUGCGCGAGCACAAUCGCAUAGCUCGCGCGCUACAUGAAAUGAAUCCCCAUUGGAAUGGAGAGAAGCUCUAUCAGGAGGCUAGGCGCAUCGUCGGUGCCGAGAUGCAGCACAUCUCUUAUCGGCACUGGCUACCACGUAUCUUCGGCAUCGAACUGGACGAUCUCUUGCCGACCUACCGAGGCUACAAUCCCAACUUAGACGCCAGCAUAUCCAACAUCUUCGCCACUGCCGCUCUGCGCUUCGGUCAUUCGCUGAUUCAACCGCGUCUCGAGCGCUUAAACGCUUCUUUUCAACCGAUUCCCCAAGGUGCUUUAAACCUGCGUGAUGCCUUCUUCGCGCCCUGGCGUCUGGUAGAGGAAGGUGGUGUUGAUCCGCUGCUCAGAGGCAUGUUUGCCACUGCCGCGAAGCUUAAGUUGCCUGAACAGAAUCUCAAUGUGGAACUUACCGAGCAAUUGUUCCGAACCGCUCACGCGGUCGCACUCGACCUCGCGGCUAUGAACAUUCAACGGGCACGGGAUCACGGUAUACCCAAUUAUCUGGAGUGGCGACAUCAUUGCAACAUGUCGCACGUGGAAUCCUUCGAAGACCUUGCCGGCGAGAUCAGCAGUGGUAAAGUGCGUCAGAAGCUGCGGGAACUGUACGGUCACCCGGGUAAUAUAGACGUUUGGGUCGGCGGUAUAUUAGAGGAUCAACUACCAGGUGCCAAGGUGGGUUCACUAUUCCGGUGCUUGUUGCUCGAGCAGUUCCAACGCACCCGAGAUGGCGACCGGUUCUGGUAUGAAAACCCCAGUGUGUUCCGUGCCGAGCAGCUUGCACAAAUCCAACAGGUCACGCUCGCCCGAAUUCUAUGCGAUAACGGCGACAAUAUCGCUCGCGUGCAACCCAAUGUGUUCCUGCUGCCGACAAAUAGCAACAGCUACGUUAGCUGCGACGAGAUUCCCAAUGUGGAUUUGAGCGCGUGGGCCGACUGCUGCGACAAUUGUGAAGACAGCGGCACCGCCGUUCUCCGUGUACGCAGAGCCUCCGAGAAAUAUCUGGCUCCUACAAACGAUGCGAAAAAUAUAAUAGAUUCGUUGACUUCUCACGACGAGAAGAUGCAAUACCUGCGUAGGAUGUUCGAGGAAAGCGAUAGAGAGAUUAAAAGGUUGCAAAAGCAUAUUGAGAUUUUGUCGCACACAAUGGACGAAUUGAAGUUGUUAUUGCCAAAAGGUACUAAGACACGACAAUAGGGAAACAAAUUACGUGCUAUGCUGGAAUUAUCGCUCUAUUCGCCACAAGUAGUCCUGCUCGCUUUUUAUUCGAUAUAUUUUGUUUUCACUUCAUUCACUUAUAACUAAACUUAAUAUUUAAAAGUUUCUAUACAGGGUGCUAAAUUUCAAACGUAACAGGUAAAAAAUCUCGAAAACUAUGAAAGAUAUUAAAAAAAGCUAAAACACUUGUUCCAUUACGAAGGGGAAAAAGAAUGACAUUAUCAGUUUUUUAUUUGGAGAGCAUUUUCAAGGUCAGUUGAAGGUCAACUUAAUUUUUAAAAAGAUUUUUAAAAUUUUUAAAAAAGAAAGCCA